CUGUUGAAGACAGAAACACACUGGCCUCUGCGGAGCGCCUGAUGCCGCGGGGAUUCCGCCUCUUUCUCCGCUUACAACAUGGAUUUCAACGUGAGGAAACUCGCUACAGAUGCUGGGAUAUUCUUUUCACGAGCUGUUCAGUUUACAGAGGAGAAACUGGGACAGGCUGAGAAGACCGAGCUGGACACACACUUUGAGAAUCUGCUGUCCAGAGCUGACUGCACCAAAAACUGGACCGAGAAAAUCUACAGACAGACUGAAGUUCUGCUUCAGCCAAACCCUGGUGCUCGCAUCGAAGAGUUCCUGUAUGAAAAGCUUGACCGGAAGGUUCCCCCGCGGCCCACUAAUGGAGAGAUCUUAGGCCAGUUCAUGCUGGAGGCAGCGAAGGAGUUUGGACCUGGAACCCCGUACGGAAGCACUCUAAUCAAAGUGGGCGACUGUCAGAGGAGACUGGGUGGCGCUGAGAGAGAGUUUCUGCAGACCUCAUCCAUUAGCUUCCUCACACCCCUACACAACUUUCUGGAGGGCGACUGGAGGACCAUUUCUAGAGAGCGGAGACUCCUGGAGAAUCGGCGCUUGGAUCUCGACGCCUGUAAAGCGCGACUCAAGAAGGCCAAAGCGGCGGAGACCAAAGCGGCUUGUGAGGGAGAAUCUGUUCCAGACUUUCAAGAGACAAGACCGCGUAAUUAUGUGCUGUCUGCCAGUGCAUCUGCUCUAUGGAAUGAGGAGCUUGAUAAAGCGGAGCAUGAAUUGCGUGUUGCUCAGACAGAGUUUGACGGACAGGCUGAGGUCACCAGACUCCUCCUGGAGGGCAUCAGCAGCACGCACGUGAAUCACCUGCUCUGCCUGUGUGAGUUUGUGGAAGCGCAGGCGAUGUAUUACAGCCAGUGUCACAAGUACAUGCUGGAGCUGCAGAGAGAGCUGGGCAGUUGCAGUGGAGACAUAAGAUGCCCCGACUCUUUGGAUGUGAAUUCCCACACUGCCAGAAGCCCCACGGACCCGUCUGCUUUCCUGCCGCUGAACUCUGCGUCUCCUCUGGAAACAGACGCUCUGCAGAUUGAAGAAGUUCAGCCGCCAGCCAGCGGCACACGCAAGGCCAAAGUGCUGUAUGACUAUGACGCUGCAGACUCCAGUGAGCUCUCGCUGCUGGCCGAUGAGCUCAUCACCGUGUACACAGUGCCUGGAAUGGACUCUGAUUGGCUGAUUGGAGAGCGAGGAAACCAGAAGGGGAAUGUGCCUGUUACAUAUCUGGAGCUGUUGAGCUAAAGAGGCGAGACACACACACACACACACACACAACACACACACACACACACACACACACACACA